AUCAAACGGUCCAUAUUCACCAAGUGAAAAAGCUUGAUGAAACAUAGUGCCAAUGUAACUCUCUAAUAAAGAGCAACCACACUCUCUUCUCUUCCACCAUUGAUUCACAUUCACACACUCUUCUCAGCAAACUGCUUCUCUCUCUCUCCCUCCCUCUCUCUCUCUCUCUCUCUAAACAAACUUUGUUUUUGGUUCAAUUUUCAUUGUUUUUGAGUCAAUAAAGCUCUGAACUUUGAAGUCUUCUUUGAAAUCUUAACCAACCCCAUUUUCAGUUUUGCUUCUUUGUUUGCAAAGUUCUUUGCUUUUCAUCCAAUCGCUCUCCAAUUCCACUCUUCCACAUGUCUUCUGAUAUAAGCUAAAUUACAUGCAUGUUACUCUGAUGGCUAAUGCUGGAGCUUCUGUUUACAGUGUAAUUGAGGGUUUGGUUCUGUUUCAGUGAUUGUGAAGCAAAGCUUGAAGCUUUGGUUGGUGGGGUGGUGGGAAUUUGCGGUGUUUGUGAUGGGUAAGGAUCGGCUGCUACUGGCAACAGUUGGACCGCCAUUAAAACGGCGAGCAGGGUUGCGGAGGAAGCAGGCUGGAAGAGGCUCCUACAGAGGGAGCUAGGGUGAGGGUGAUUUGUUGUGUGUGUGAUUGGAGGGGGGUUUUUUGUUGUUUUUUGACGACCCUUUUUGUCAAGGGUGCCUUUGAGGUGUUGAAGUUUCUAACUUUUUGAAGAGGAACAAGAUGGGUAGUACUAACUUGCACCAAGUACUUAGAAGCCUCUGUUUCAAUUCUGAUUGGAACUAUGCCAUCUUUUGGAAGCUCAAACAUCGAGCUAGAAUGAUGUUGACAUGGGAGGAUGCUUACUAUGACAAUCCUAACAAUGAUGAUUCAGAAAAUAAGUACAGUCAGAAGACCUUGGAACAGAUUGGUGGUGGGAAAUUUUCACACGACGCUCUAGGAUUAGCUCUGGCAAAGAUGUCAUAUCAUGCAUAUUCAUUAGGGGAAGGUAUUGUCGGACAGGUAGCUAUUACUGGAAAGCAUCGGUGGAUAUGUGCGGAUAAUCAAGUUCCAGGUUCUGGCUUGUCUUUUGAGUUUGCUGAUGGAUGGCAGUCUCAGUUUUCUGCUGGAAUUAGGACAAUCGUUGCUGUAGCUGUAGUCCCACUUGGUGUUGUUCAACUUGGCUCUCUAAAUAAAGUGAUUGAAGACAUGGGGACUGUAACUCAUAUAAGAAAUCAGUUUUUGUCUACUCAAGACUACUCAGUAGGCCAUGUUCCUAGUCAAAUGCACACUAGCUUGAAGAGUUCUUCGUCUCAGCCAGAAGUAUUGAAGGAAAAUUUGUCUUCAGAUAUUAUGCAUGUUUGCUUACAUGAUACAGAGAAAACCACGAAUAGUGAAAAAGUGGAUGUUUUAACGCCCCUUCAAUCUUCAGAGAGGAACUAUGCACCUCAUUCUGCAUAUGAAAAACUGACUGAUAUGGCCACGCUUGAGGGGCCUGAAUUUCGUAGUGAUGAAACCUUUUUGCUUCCGACAAUUUCCAAUAUGAUUAAUGUGGAGCAUCAGGAAUUUGAAGAGAUGCGACAUCUAAAUGAGAGGCGGUGUCGAGGGGACAGUAGUGGCUGCAAAAAUAUGAGUUUGGAAUCAGAAAAUGCCACAUCAGUUUUAAACAAUUCUGUUAUAAAUAACACUAGCUUCAAUGCUUUAAUACACUCAUCAGAAAAAGUCAGUGCUGAUUCUGCAUGCUUUCCUUCAGUUUUUCUUGAUACAGUUGUUUGUGAAAGUGAUAAGUUGCUUCGUGUGGAUGCUGGCCAUAAUGAAAUGUUGAGUUUCACCGCACUUUCUGAUGUUAACUCCCAAAAACAUACCAAAAAGUCAGAAUGUCAAACUGAGCCUUGUGACAAGGAUACCUCGUACUUUCAACCCGAGCCUUGUUGCAAGGAUACCUCGUACAUGAUGUCAAAGUUCCCUGCUGGGUGUGAACUACAUGAAGCACUUGGACCAGCUUUUUUGAAAGGGAGUAAAUGUUUUGAUUGGCUGGCUCAGGUUAAUCAGGACAUGAAAACUGUUGAUAUGCCAGAUGAGAUUAGCACGAGUCAAUUGACUUCUGAAUCUCGUCCAGAACAUCUUUUGGAAGCAAUGGUGGCCAACAUUAGCCAUAGUAAUAAUGAUAAUAAUGGUGAAUUAUCAUUUUGUACAUCAAUGCAAUCCGCAAUGACUUCUGGAAAAAAUCCUGAAGCUUCUCUUCAUAAUGUGCAUAGUGUUAAUUCAAAAGCAUAUUCAAUAGAUCAUCCCUCUCUCUUAAGAGAGGACAAGCACCAUUCUUUGAGUUCUUCUACAUGUCCCGGUUCAUAUAGCGAACAGUUUGAAAGGUCCUCUGAACCUUCUAAGAACAGCAAGAAGAGGGCUAGGCCGGGCGAAAGUUGUAGGCCUCGGCCAAGAGACAGGCAACUGAUCCAAGAUCGUAUUAAGGAUUUGAGAGAGCUGGUGCCUAAUGGAGCAAAGUGCAGUAUUGAUUCACUACUGGAGCGCGCAAUAAAGCACAUGCUAUUUCUCCAAAGCGUAACCAAGCACGCUGACAAGCUAACUAAAUUCGACGAUACUAAAUCAAAGUUGCAUCGCAUGGAAACAGACGUUAUUGGAACCUCUACUUAUGAGCAGGGUUCAAGUUGGGCAAUGGAGGUUGGGGGUCCUUUGAAAGUUCAUUCAAUAUUGGUGGAGAAUCUUAGCAAGGAUGGACAGAUGAUUGUUGAGAUGCUUUGUGAGGAGUGCAGCCAUUUUCUUGAAAUAGCAGACGUGAUAAGAAGCUUGGGCCUUACAGUUUUGAAGGGUGCAACAAAAGCUCAUGAUGAGAAGAUAUUGUUAUGCUUUGUUGUUGAGGGCCAAAACAACAGAAAUGUACACAGACUGGAUAUCUUGUGGCCGCUUGUUCAGAUACUGCAAUCCAAGAGCACAAUGCAUGCACAAUAACUGGUUGAUUAUUGGCCUGUCAUUGCCCAUUGUAACUCAUUCUUAAUAUCCGAGAUGAUGCUCAGAGUCUUCUACCUUUACAUUGUGUCAAGACUCAGUUUGUUGUUUUCUUAUGUUUCUGGGUUGAACAUGUGAUUGUCAUUUGUUUAUAUAUUUUGAAUUUGAUUGAAAAUGAACACAAUAUGUGGUGGACGAUAUAUACGUAUUAAAGGUUUCCUUGUUUCUCCAA